UACCCGCUGUGUGUGUGGGGGUGUCGGCUGUCACCCGUCUCGGGUGCACGCGCGUUGUGUCGGACUCUCGCUGGAAGUUUGUAAGUCUCGAGCGCACCACGGAAUUAACGGCAGCGGCACGAGCGCAUUAAGCUGCGCGGGACCGCGAGCGGAUUGUCCACCAUGUACCGUGAACGUUAACAUGGCACUGAACAGGUCGACCACGACGGAGAACUGGAACGGGGCUCCAGAGCGCACGCGCGUCUCCGGCGUAAGGAGCGAGUCCUUUUCAAUGCAAAGUGAGAAACUCCGCUGUCUUGCCCGUGAAAUAUCUGAACUUGGCCAGCAGGGCACUCCCAGCAACGGGCAUGAAGCCAAUGACAUUGCCGAAGACACGGAAGAACCAGGACCUGGGCCAGGAGGAGGGCUGUGUUUUGCUGAUGGCCGGAGAAGAGUGGACUAUGUACUUGUCUAUCACUGCAAGAGACGACAGUCACAACAUCGACCCUCUGUUGUUUCUAAUGGUAACGUGCCAUCUCAAAGCCCCACCCCCUCACGCAGGAGUACAAAAGAGGAUAUUACAGAAGCAGUGCUGGAGGCGGGCUUAGGGACGGGAACUGAUGAUGGACUGAAAGAUAAAAUCAGGGAGGAAUUUGAGAGAGGACUUCAAGAAGAAGGCUUGGAGAUUGAACGCGACAAAGAGGUGAGAACAGUCAGGUUUACCCGCCUGCACGUUCCCUGGUCUGUUCUCAGUCGUGAAGCAGAACUUCUAAAGAUCAGAGUCCCGACUAAAAAGACGUAUCGGUUGAAAGAAAAAACGGGGCUUGGGGGGAUUAUAAGCUCAUUUUGGGCAAAGAUCAAUCAGCCGUUCCAGCCAGACGUAGCGGAUCCCCAAAACCCACGCAUUCGUGUCCUAUCGCAACCGUUUAGAAGAGACAAGCUACACCUAUUUGAUAUAAAGUCCAAAAGCGGCUUGUUCAGCAAUGCAAUAAGAGGUCGAAUUGUUUAUGAAAUUCUAAGGCGGACAGCUUGUACACAGUCCUGUCAAACUAUGGGUAUUCCAUCAUUGUUAGCUAAAGGGGUCUAUGAUGCUGCCUUCCCUCUACAUGAUGGAGACUUUGACAGCUCACAAGAUAAAGAUCAUCGCAAUGACAGACAGAUGUUGCAUGAGGAGUGGGCCAAUUAUGGUGUUUUCUUCAAAUACCAACCAAUGGACCUUAUCAGGAAGUACUUUGGGGAAAAAAUUGGCUUGUAUUUUGCCUGGUUGGGUGUUUACACACAGCUGCUGAUUCCAGCCUCGGCUUUAGGAGUCGCAGUAUUUCUCUAUGGCUGCUUUACUGUAGACACCAAUGUGCCCAGUCAAGAGAUGUGUGACGAGCGUCUUAAUUUCACCAUGUGUCCGCUGUGUGAUCGUGUGUGUGAUUACUGGCAGCUCAGCAGUAUCUGCAGUACGGCGCGUGUCAGCUAUCUCUUUGACAAUCACGCUACUGUCGCCUUUGCCAUUUUUAUGUCCCUAUGGGCGGCAGUGUUUCUAGAACAUUGGAAGAGGAAACAGCGUUGUCUACAACACAGCUGGGAUCUGACAGGCAUGGAAGACGAAAAGGACAGAUCUGAGAAUGAGCUACGGCCGGCAUAUGAGGACUUUCUUCUUAAGAAGCAACAGAAGAAAGCAAAGAAUAAGAAGAAGGAUGAGCCGGAUACAGGAACAGAUGACAAAGGAAGAGAGAAGCUCCUGUCUGCAAAAGGAGGGCAGUUGCCGUUUGUGUCCGCGUCUCUGUCAUGGAAGGAUCGCCUGCCUGGGUUCUGCAUGAACAUAUCCUCCAUCCUUCUUAUGAUUGGGGUCACAUUUUCUGCCGUCUCUGGAGUGAUUCUGUACCGAAUCAUCGUUUUCGCUGUCAUGUCAAUGAACCCUGACCAUGAAGCCAAGGCCAAUGUGCGUGUAACCGUGACAACCACAGCUGUCAUCAUCAACUUGCUGGUGGUAUUGGUACUGGAUGAGAUCUAUGGAGCCAUAGCAGCCUGGAUUACUGAGCUUGAGAUUCCAAAGACAGAAUCAACAUUUGAGGAGCAUGUGAUCUUAAAAGCUUUUUUACUGAAGAGCAUGAAUGCAUUUGCACCUGUUUUCUAUGUGGCAUUCUUUAAGGGCAGGUUUGCUGGUCGUCCGGGUGAUUAUGUUUAUGUCUUUAAGGAUUUCCGAAUGGAGGAGUGUUCUCCGGGUGGAUGUCUUAUUGAAGUGUGUAUUCAGCUGGGCAUAAUAAUGCUGGGGAAGCAGCUUAUACAGAAUAAUGUGUUCGAAAUUGCCAUUCCGAAACUGAAGAAGAUGUAUCGCAUAUAUAAAGAGGAGAAAGAGGGAGCGGCAGAUGAGGAGGACAAAGAUUCAAAGCGAGAACCACAGCGCUGGGAUAUGGAUUACGACCUGGAGCCUUAUGAGGGGUUGAGCCCAGAAUAUAUGGAGAUGGUUAUUCAGUAUGGAUUUGUUACGCUCUUCGUGGCUUCCUUCCCGCUGGCACCGGUCUUUGCUCUGCUUAAUAACGUCAUUGAAAUCCGUCUUGAUGCGGCAAAAUUUGUCUCAGAAAUACGUCGACCUGACGCUGUCAGUGCCAAAGAGAUUGGCAUAUGGUACAACAUCUUGAGUGGAAUCAGCAAGUUUGCAGUCAUUACAAAUGCAUUUGUGAUCUCCUUUACAUCAGAGUUUAUUCCUCGGAUGGUAUAUCAGUAUUUGUACAGUGAGACGGGCACCAUGCAUGGUUUUACCAACCAUACACUGGCUUAUUUUAACACAAGCAACUUUAAACCCGGGACCGCGCCGCAUGAAACAAACUUUGACCGCCAACUCCGCAUUUGCAGGUACAAAGACUAUCGAGAUCCCCCUUGGUCUCCAGAGUCUUAUCAACUCUCGAAGCAAUACUGGUCUGUGCUUGCUGCACGCCUGGCGUUUGUGAUUUUUUUCCAGAAUUUGGCCAUGUUCCUCAGUAUGCUGGUGGCAUGGUUGAUCCCAGACGUGCCUCACUCUUUGAAGGAACAGCUGAAGUUAGAGAAUGCACUCCUGUUAGAUCUGCUGCUCACUGAGGAGAUGGACAAGAAGUCGACUGCCAACAUUGAUACAGCUGUCAAAGGUUCAAAUGAGGAACCACCAGAUGAGCCACCUGUCUGCAGUGGGGUAGUGUUAAGCCAAUCAGAUGAAGAACUAAAAGAGCUUCAGGUAGCCAACAGAGAGGAGCCAAAGAAACCACACACAGAGCAACCUUUAGCGUCCACCAGUGAUCAUCAUAAUGAUAACCCUCCAUCUACCCACGACGCUCUCAAUGCAGCUGAAGAAUCCCAGACAGAAAUACCUUGUAAUGAAACUACAACUGCAGAUCUUCGAUCAGAAUGUCUAAACUAUCCAAAAACAGCCUCGCUAUCCCGUUACCAAGAGUUUGACUUGAAUGGACCUUUACCCCGAGACCCAAGUACCAAGGCUAAGAGUCGUUGCCGAACCCUCCCUUCAAGGCAAAGAGAAUCUGAAGAGGUUACAAUUACUCAACCCAAGCACUCCACCACAUAUACACACUUUGACCAGAAGGUUCCUCCAUCUCUCGGUGAGCCCGUCUCUAAAAUCAAACCCUCUGGGAGCCAAACGUCUGUGCCGUUACGCCUCCAACCUAAAACCGAUAACACCAGUAGUGAACUAGCAUCAUUGCCCCGCCCACCAUCAAAACCAGAGCUCACAAGCAGCCAUUCAACAUCACCUCCUCAUCCAUUAUCCAGAACAGAGCUUGCAGGCGACCUUUCAAAAGUCUUGCCACGUCCACCUUCUAAACCAGAGCUCGUGGGCAUCCAGUCAACAGGAUUACCAAAGCCUCCCUCCAAACCAGAGCUGAUGGGAAGCGCGAUGAAAGGACAUCCCUGUGAUCCAGGCUCCAAAGCCAAGGGGCGAUGUCAGACUCUUCCUCCGAAAUACAGAGGCUCUGAGACUGCAGUGGUGACACCAGCCAGACCAAGCCACUCCAUCACCUUCACACAUCUCAAUGAACAGAUUCCCCCUACACCCAGCGAUCUCAAGCGUAAUCCUCCCGUAUGAGUGUGACAAGUGGAGAAACGCUCCACGUCUUUAGCACCUUGCAUCCAACACUAUCAGUGCCAGGCAACCCAUGCCAUCAAUUUGAUGACUGAAUUGAGAUGGCUUGGUAAAGGUUCUUACUAAUCCUUGCAGGGGAACCUCUUUGCAUGAAAUCAUUAUCUUAACACUUUAUGGGCGGAUCAUACGCAGCCAGGUUUAUCCUGUGCAUGUUAUGUCAUUUGUCUGGAGCCACAUGACUCUCAAACAUUGUCUUAUACCGAGACUUGCCAUUCUGUGUUUCACACACAAAUACCUGUACAGACACACACACACACACAUACACCAAAUCUCAUUAAACUAACCUCUUGAACCAGAACGGAGAGAGGGUUGGGAAUGUGGGCCAAAGGGCUUUGCAGUCCAUAAGAUUUAUUACUCAGCAAGUAGAAGCUUCAUUUUGUGGUGUUGUUCGCUCAUGCAUUUUGCUCUGUGUAUAAUAACUAAAUGUGAACUUGUUAACACAAUACGUCACCUUCAAAAUCAAAAAAAGGUUGUUUGUGAAAUUGUCUGAUGUCUUCGGUGGCAACAAAUAUGUUCGUGUCUCAUCCACAUGGCAAGUUAGCAUGUAUGUUGCUGAUUAGCAAGCUCAUUACAUAAAAAGUUGUUGAUGUUGUUUAAGUGGAUUCAUACGACAUGCAAAGCCAAUUACUUAUUGAUACGUGAACAUUAGUUGCUUACAAUUCUGAUGAAGGCCAUACUGUAGUAUUUUACAUUAUGCUAGUACAACUUAAGUUGAUAAAUAGCAUGUUAUAUUCACUGUGAAUACUUUUCCAGAGAUUAAGAUAGACCCAAUAAUUUAUAAAUCACCACCAUCCACACUAAUGAUGGACAGAAAAAUAUACGAAUAGACAUGUACACACUGAACAGAUUUUGAAAGUACACAUCCAUACAUGCAAGACGAGUCAUUAAAGCCACAAUAAGUAGGAUUUUCGCCCCUAGUGGUCGCUACUGACAAUAACAAAGGCGAAGCUUAAGCCGCAUUUCUAGUUAUCUAGACAUUCACACGGAAAUUCGCGUCAUGGGAGGAGCUUUCUGUAAUUACAUUACUAGUAGAGCAAACUCCUGAUUGGUAAAUGCAGCAUGCUUUUCCAACAAAGUUCAAAUUUUUUAACUCCCGCGUUUCCCGCGGCAGCGCUCAAGUCCCGCAAACUAGACGUGAUUCCGCCUCAUUCGCGCCGCGAGACCUCCAGACGCAUGUCAACGCAUCUUUACAUUGACUUAACAUUGAAAUUACUCACGCUUGACGCCUCUACCACGGCUGGUCUGAACGCAGCAUAAUGAUUUUAUGAAGGAGAGUGGAAUGAGACCAUCAUGGAUGUGGUAAUGAAUGAAUGUUUUUACCUUUACAUUUGAUCACAUUAUCGUAUGCCAUUGUAGUAAAUUAGCUGCAAGGCACAACAGUUUUUUAAGUUUUUUUUACAACAGAAUUUAUCAAAGUUUCUUGGGAACUUUUGGGAUAAUGUAAGUACGCAACUCCAUGAAAUAUAUUCAAUUCAAUUUUAUUUAUAUAACGCUUUUCACAAUUGUUUAAUUGUUUCAAAGCAGCUUUACAUUAAUAGAUGCAGGAUAAAACACGGAAAAAUGUAUGGACAACAUAAGCAGCAUAAUAAAGCGGCUAAGAUUAAACCGUACUAGCAAGCAUAGUAAUUAUGUAACGUAUAGAAGAGGAUGCUAAGUUAAGCCAAUGUCAGCUGACUCCCCAGGAGUUGAAAAAAAACCCUAGGAGAAAAAACCUUCUGGAUUCAAAUAUAUAUCACAUUAUGCAAGUGGUUUUAGAUAUUUUAUUACAAAAAUCUUACAUAUUGUGGCUUUAAUAUUUUUAGUCCACUUUCCUGGAGAUAAAACACUGGACAUUUUUAAUCUGUACAGUCUGCAAUAACUUUUAAAAAUACACAAACAUUUUGAUGACCACUGAGCUAACACACGUUAACUAGCCACAAAAUUCAAAUGAUGGCGUCAUGGGGUCUUUUAGCACUUGGUGACGACCAGUUUUCAAAUACACAGUGGUGUAUUUGUAUUUUACAUGUGUGGCACAUGUGUAUGAUGUGCAUUGUGCUCCCAGGGAUUAAUCACAGUUACAGUACAAAUGAGCAUGUAUGACAUUCACUUCCAUGUUAUUUCUGGAGGUCUUGAGAAACAUUUACCACUAUUUUGAUAAUAUAAUAAAAACAUGAUUACAAUUCAUAAUAAAAAUGUAAAGAAGAAGUCUCUGCUUGUUACCUUUAGCUUCUUGCAGUUGGUUAUUAUUGAAAUGAUCCUGUAUACUGUUGAUUGCCACUAGAUGGAGACAGAUAGAGACCCUCACCUGAAAGACAAAGACAGGACUGGUUAGACAUCGGCUUAAGGCUUUUAUCCAAAGCGACUUAUAGUGCAUUAUAAGGUAUACAUUUUUUAAUCGGUAUGCAUGGGUUCAACCCAAUGAUUUAUUGAAAUGCUAACACAAUGCUUGACUAUUGAGCUAUACAGGAGCUCCUACAGGAGGUAACUGCUGAAAGUCAUGCAUGGACCAGUGUGGUGUGCCACAAAGGCCUUUCAUUUUUACACUUAGUAUAUACAACUGCAAUGCAAAAAACUGUAAUCUGAACAGGAAUAAUAUAGAAUAGGUAGAUGAUUUAUACAUAAUUAAAUACAAAAUUAUUUAUUAACAUAAUUUGGAUUAAUUCUAAUGAAUCUACCAGGAAUGUAUAAAAUUAAGUAUUAAAUCAGGUCCUGGUGGAACUGAAGUAUU